UCUCAGACUAGUCCGAACUCACAUUCGCCCCAGAUCCCAAGAAUGCAGGUCACCGAGCCGCGAACCCUCCUCCUGCUGCUCUCGGGGUCCCUGGCCCUGACCGAGACCUGGGCGGGUCACAUUCACCUCGGACAUGGGGACCCGCGCCCGAAGGAGCGUCGGGCCGGGUGGCAGCCCCUCCCGGUCCCGGGGGUCCACUCCUUGAGGUACUUCCACAUUUUGGUAUCGCGUCCUGUCCUCGGGAGGGACCUUUAUCAAUCUGUCGGUUACUUGGACGACACACAGUUCGUAAGAUACAACAGCGACGCCGCGAAUCCGAGGGUGGAGCCGCGGGCGCCGUGGAUUGAGCAGGAGGGGCCGGAGUACUGGGACUGGCACACCAGCAUAGCCAGAGAACAUUCGCAGGAUUCGCGGUCGAACCUGCAGGUCAUCGUUGGCAACCACAACCACAGCGAGUUGGAAUCGCACAGUUUUCUUUGGAUGUCUGGCUGCGAUGUCGGGCCGGACGGCCGCUUGGUCCGAGGGUACGAGCACUUCGCCUACGACGGCGAGGAUUACAUCACGCUGAACGAGGACAUGCGCUCCUGGUCCGCGGCGGGCACGGUGGCUCAGAUCAUCCGGCGCAAGUGGGAGGCGGAGGGAGUCGCGAAACAGUAUCGGGAAUACCUGGAGACCGAGUGCGUGAACUGGAUCCGCAAAUACCUGGAGAAGGGGAAGGAGAUGGGGCUGCGCGCAGUUCCUCCAAAGACCCAUGUGACCCGACACCCCAUCUCUGACCGUGAGAUCACCUUGAGGUGCUGGGCCCUGGGCUUCUACCGGGCGGAGAUCUCACUGACCUGGCAGCGUGACGGGGAGGACCAGACCCAGGACAUGGAGCUUGUGGAGACAAGGCCUUCAGGGGAUGGAACCUUCCAGAAGUGGGCAGCCCUGGUGGUGCCUUCUGGAGAGGAGCAGAGAUACACAUGCCGUGUGCAGCAUGAGGGGCUUCAGGAGCCCCUCACCCUGAGAUGGGAACCUCCUCAGCCCUCCAUCCCCAUCAUGGGCAUCAUUGUUAGCCUGGUUCUCCUCGUGUUGGCAGUGGUUGCUGGAGCUGUGAUCUGGAGGAAGAAACGCUCAGAUGGAGAUGGAGGGAGUUAUACUCAGACUGCAAGAGAAGACAGUAUCUGAGGCCCUAAUGUAUCUCUCAUGGCUCCUAAAGUGUGAGACUGAUGGCUUGUGUGGAACCGAGCAAAGAAAGCUGUGUUCACGCCCCCACUCUAUGACUUUAGAACCCAGACCUCUUUUCGUAGAGGUGUCUGAAUGUGUCUGUGUUCUUGUACUGUAAUGUGAGAAAGUGGGGAGGCUGACCCACCCCUGCCCGCAAUGGCCUCCAUUCUUCCCCCCACCAUUGUGCGAUGGUAUCAUAGGUGUUUGUGUAUCAUCAUAUUAUUUAUUUACAUAUGUGCAGUUCUUUGUUGUAUAUCAGUGCUACCGCAAAAAAUAUCAUUUUGAAAAACAUACUUUGAAAGUGGCUGAGUGGUUCCUAAUUUAGCCAUUGCCUUUUGAGAUCAUAUGUUAGAUUGACAAAGUCCUUGUAAUUUUUAUGUAUUUUAUUUUUAAAGUAAAUUAUUCACUCUACUUUCUGAUCAGAAAUAAUGUUAACUUUGAACUUCCCUGAGGUCUAGUGGUUAAGACUCUGUGCUUCCACUGCAGGGGGCAUGGGUUCCAUCCCUGGUCAGGGAUGUUCCACAUGCUGCAGUGUGGCCCCCCCCUGCAAAAAAAAAAAAAAGAUAUAAUGUUAACUUGAAAUCUUAGUUUGAGUAGUUCAACUUUCAGCUAAUUAUGUGCAAUCCUAUCUGACAGAAGUUGUGUGUGUACAGUGAAGCUUAGAGAAUAUCAACAAAAAGUGGAUGUGAAUCUUCAGUUCUUAAAUUACAGACAAAAAGGAAAGUUUAUAAAUCACAAGUCUUGCUGUUCUUUUCUGCUAGAUCAGCUCAAGAUAGACAAAUUGACACCUGGGUGUGGUUUCCAUGUGUAUAUGGUUUCACCUCCUCUUUAUAAAUAGCAGGAAGCACAAUUAAUGGGUUGUAUAAGCAUAUGUUUAGUUUUGUAAGAAACCGCCAAACUCUCUUCCAAAGUGACUGUAUCAUUUUGCAUUCCCAUCAGCAAUGAAUGAGAUUUCUUUAUUCUCUGUAUUUUAUUGGCAUUUGGUGUUUCAGUGUUCUGCUUUUUGGCUGUCCAAAUAGCUAUGUUGUAGUACUCUUGUUGUUUUAAUUUGCACUUUUCUGAUGACAUAUGGUAUGGAGCAUCUUUUCAUGUACUGUUCUGCCAUCUGUAUGUCUUCUUUCAUAAGGUAUCAGUUAAGGUCAUUGGCCCAUUUUUUAACCAAGUUUUUUCUUAUUGUUGAACUUUAAGUUCUUUGUAUAUUUUAGAUAACAGUGCUUUGUCAGUUAUGCAUUUUGUAGGUAUUUUCUCCUAGUCUAUGGCUUGUCUUUUCAUUCUUUUAAGCAUUGCUAGAUUUAAUAUUUAAAUGUAUAAUUUAAAAAAUAUAGUAGUACAGCAAAACUAUUUAUAAAAUACCUCUUCGAUAGAAAACUAUACUUAGAAAGUUUUCUCACUUUAUACCAACUCUGUAA